AUGGCACUGGCAGUCGUCGAAGCGGCGAGAAAGCUUCGCCCUUACUUUCAGUCUCAUUCGGUUGAAGUAUUAACCGACCAGCCCCUCCGAACGAUACUUCAAAAUACAAACAGGUCUGGAAGACUAACGAAGUGGGCUAUCGAACUCGGUGAGCUUGAUAUCACUUACAAGAACAGGACUGCAGCAAAAUCUCAGGUUCUCGCAGACUUCUUAAUCGAAUUGGCUCCGGACUUAGAGCAAGAUCGCACACUCCCAAACCCAAACUGGACACUGCAUGUCGACGGAUCUUCGACUAACAGGGGAGCAGGUGCUGGAGUUCAACUGCAAUCCCCGACCGGCGAACUGAUCAGGCAGUCUUUUAGCUUCGGCUUUCCAGCCUCGAACAACGAAGCAGAAUACGAAUCUUUGAUCGCUGGACUCCGCUUAGCAAAAGCUGUCAAGGCCAAACGCCUAAGCGCCUACUGCGACUCGCAGUUAGUCGCCAGCCAGUUUAGCGGCGAUUAUGACGCCCGCAACGAUCGGAUGGACGCCUACCUCAAGAUAGUACAGGGAUUAGCCACAGAGUUCAAAUUCUUCGAACUCGUCAAAGUUCCCAGAGGAGAAAAUCCGAGCUUCGAUAUCUCAACGGAUCAAACCACCAUCAUAGCCCCAAUCGCCGAAACCGACACUCUCGUUACUGAUGAAUUUGGCCCCGACUGGCGAACUGAGUUCAUCGACUAUCUCUCAAAGGGGGAACUUCCAACCGAGAAAUGGGCAGUCCGCCGACUAAAAACGCGCAGUGCCCAUUAUGUCGUCCUAGACAACGAACUCCAUCGAUGGACUGCGAGUAAAGUACUACUCAAAUGCAUCCACGGCGAAGAAACGGUCAGGGUUAUGGCCGAAACACACGAAGGCGUUGGAGGAAACCAUUCGGGCGGACGAGCAUUAGCAAUCAAAGUGAGAAGCCUAGGCUUCUUCUGGCCGACGAUGAACGCAGAUUGCGAGUCCUACGCCAGAAGCUGCGACAAGUGCCAACGGCAUGCACCAAAUAUCCAUUGUCCAACUGAAAUGUUACGAACGACAGUCGCGCCGUACCCGUUCAUGCGAUGGGCAAUGGAUAUCAUAGGACCUCUUCCAUGCUCCCGCCAGCGGCGUUUCAUUCUCGUCCUCACUGAUUACUUCACCAAAUGGAUCGAAGUUGAAGCCUACGCUCAAGUCACCGACAAAGAAGUUUGUGGGUUCGUCUAG